AUGUCCCAGCAGGCGUCGAUCCUGAAGCGGUCCGAACAUGCAGGGAGCAUCCUGCGGGAGCUCUUCAGAAGAAGAGCAUCGACAAACGCGACUGCUGGUUUAAAGACUCUCUCGGCUGUAGCAAGGAUGGGUGGUGCUACAAGUCGUGUGCUCAACCUGGCUCUGGUGAAUGGUGCUGGACGGCCCACAACGAUGGAUUUGGAGAUUGGAUCAAGUGCAGCAGCAGAAAUGACUGCCAUGCCUCGGACAAAUGCGGUGCUGGCGGCUAAUCAUCAGACAGACGAACGCCACGAUAAAUACAAUCGCCACAAGCUGGCAGCACUUCUGUUCAGACCUCUUCUUUUCCCGGCGUUCUAUCUGGCGAUCGCAAACCUCACAAUGGGUAUGAGGCUUGAGACUCUCUGCCUGGGACAGUGGAUUCGAGUUGUGGGAGUGCGACUCUACAUCAUGGAGGCGGUCGCUGGCUCGGGUCUCGUCGAGCGUAUCGUUUUGCGGCACUGCAGUAUACUGAUGUCAAAAUGA